AAACCCUAUCUUGGGUCUCACUUCUAACCCUUUCAAUUUAGCAAUAUUCAGACGGGCUCGAGCUGAGCAGUGACGAAAACGAGCCUACUUUUUAUAGCACUGCAUUGAGUCAUGGAAGACCUUGAGCAGGUUAUCAAGAAAGCGUGUGAGGAUCUUGACAUCCCGGGCUGUGUCUUACAAGCUGUCAAUCGUGAUGGUUCCUUCAAGUAUGCGAAGACCUUCGGUAAACGCUCCAUCCAACCCGGUGGAGACCAAUCUCCCUUGCAAUUGAACAGCGUUAUGUGGAUUGCCUCAUGCACCAAGCUUAUGACUUCAAUUUGUGCCAUGCAACUUGUCGAACGUGGUCUGCUCUCCCUGGAUGGACCCAUCUACGACAUCAUCCCCGAACUCAGGGACCAGCCCGUACUCACUGGAUUUGAUGACACUGGUAAACCAAUUGAAGUCCCACACAAGAAUCCCAUCUCUUUGAAAUUACUCUUGACACAUUCAAGCGGGCUGACCUAUGACUCCAUGCAUCCACUUGCAGCUGGAUGGCUGAAAUACCACAAUCUCGUCCCAGCAACGGAUUCUAAACUCCUAACCCGGUUUGGCCGGUUACCCCUCGUGUUUGAACCUGGAACGAGUUGGGCCUACGGACCUGGUAUCGACUAUGCCGGGCUACUCGUUGAGCGUGUUUCAAAGAUGUCAUUACAGGAUUACAUGAAGAAGCACCUUUGGGAGCCGCUUGGGGUUAGGAACAUGACCUUCUUCCUAGCCUCUCGUCCAGAUCUGAAGGCUCACAUGGCAGACAUGAACAAGCGCGACCCUGAGUCCGGGAAAAUCGUCUACACCAACGAAAGGCAGCCAUAUCAAGAUGGGGAAAAGAACGAAGUGGAAGAUUGCAUGGGUGGACAGGGCGUUUUCUCUUCCGCUGAAGAGUACAUCAAGAUUCUCCAGGGCGUACUAGCUACCGACGAGAAUGAGAAGAUCCUAAAGAAGGAGACGGUUGAACUUUUGUUCACUCCAUAUCUCAGCAAGGGAGGUUCUGAUACCUUGAACGCGUUCAUGCAGAACGCGGAAGCCAAUAAUGCAAUGGGUGGUAUAUCACAAGAAGUGAGGAAAGAUUAUGCGUUAGGAGGCUUGUUUUUGUGCGGCGAUGCGCCUGGAGGAAAGGGAAUGAAGGAGGGGACGUUGAUGUGGGGUGGGGUGCCGAACCUGAUCUGGUUCUGCGACCGUAAGACGGGACUUGCUGGUCUAUAUGCAGGCCAAGUUGUUCCACCUGGGGAUGCUAAGUGUGCGGGCUUUACCCGAAUGUUUGAAGAUGCAAUGUAUGAGAGAUACAAAAGCUAAAAAUUCAAAUGUGCGGGUCUGUUCACGGAGGAAUGGGCUGGAUAGGUUGCACAAAAGGUAGGAUAGAGUUUCCUUGGAGGAGGUCUCGG